GAGAUUCCUCCAUCCCAGCCGAGGGGACUGAUUCCGGUCAGCCUAGCGGAAGUCCGCAGUCUUCGGUCAGGGCCACUCCCUAUGGUUGCUUCUAAGGCAGUCAGGCGGGCCGCAGCGACAAACUACAAGUCCCAUCAUGCACUGUGACCUCAGAGAAGGCGGAGAAGGUGAGAGGCCACGCCCCCUUGCCUCUCCCAGAAGGCCGCGGGUGGAAGUUCGCCAGUGGAUCCCGGGCGCUAGCUCGGACCUGGGCUUGGGGUCUAGCUUGCUCCGCCCCCUCCCAGGUCGCUGAGCUCCGUCACGGCAGGGAGCGCCAUUAGCCGGGUCGGUUGUCAGCUAGCCCCGUCGGACCCCCGCCGAGGGUCUCCGUCCCCAACUCUCCAUCGCUCGCGCUCACGCAGCCUCUACCUCCAGCAGUCCGACCCGGCCAUCAGCGCUUUGGACUGGGCCGACUGGCGGAGACUCCGCCGCUGCCUGGGGCCGCCUUGCUGCUGCUACCACCGCCGCCACCGAGGUUGGGAAAAACUCUGGAACCAAAUAUACCGCCAGAUCGAAAGCAUGGCUAUCCUUUUUGCAGUUGUGGCCAGAGGCACAACCAUCCUUGCCAAGCAUGCUUGGUGUGGCGGAAAUUUCUUGGAGGUGACGGAGCAGAUUCUGGCUAAAAUACCAUCUGAGAAUAACAAGCUCACCUAUUCACAUGGAAAUUAUCUCUUUCACUACAUCUGUCAAGACAGGAUUGUAUAUCUCUGUAUCACAGAUGAUGAUUUUGAACGUUCCCGAGCCUUCAGCUUUCUGAAUGAAAUCAAGAAGAGAUUCCAGACUACGUAUGGUUCAAGAGCACAAACAGCCCUUCCGUAUGCCAUGAACAGUGAGUUCUCCAGCGUUCUGGCUGCCCAACUGAAGCAUCACUCUGAGAACAAACAUGUGGACAAAGUAAUGGAAACUCAAGCCCAAGUGGACGAAUUGAAAGGAAUCAUGGUCCGGAACAUCGAUCUAGUGGCCCAACGAGGAGAAAGACUGGAGUUACUAAUAGAUAAAACAGAACAUCUCGUAGAUUCAUCGGUCACCUUCAAAACUACUAGUAGGAACCUUGCCAGAGCCAUGUGUAUGAAGAACCUCAAGCUCACCGUCAUCAUCAUCAUAGCGGCCAUGAUCUUCAUCUAUGUUGUUGUCUCCGUUGCCUGUGGUGGGCUUACUUGGCCCAGCUGUGUGGCUAAAUAAAUGCAGAAAACAAUCUUAAGUCAAGAAUCAGAGGGAGCAAGGAUUUAAGAAGCAACCCAAGUAACUUCCUCCUGACUGCUACUGCCCAUCCCUUCCUUCCGCCUUUCCUCCAUUGUUCCCAGAUUGCACUUUUCUUUGUGUGUCCUGGCGUCCCCCAAAUGGAGCCAUCCAGUCCCUGCUUCUGCACCACUGCCGCCUUGGUUGGAAAGGAACUUGUCACUUUGAACUCUUUGCUGUCACCCAGAUGGAGCCACCCAGCUCACCAGCUGUUGUGGAGAAUAAAGAGGGCCUCCGUAUCGGUGUGGCCAUAUACACCGAAGCAUUUGCACUUUAAUGGAAUCCAAAUGAUGCAUCUCAGCCUCAUCCCCUCCAAUGAGUGUGGAUAGGCACCACUCCAAGGGGGGGGUUGGGGGGGGGAUUCUAGGAUCGGUGCCAUCUGUUCAUUCACAUAGAGCCCACUCAAGACCGUCUGUUGCUGACCCCAUGGGAAUCAGAUCAGUGACUGAUGGAAGGCACCUGCUGGAAUUCCUUGGGUCCCAUUCGUCCCGUGUGGUAUUUGGUGGCAGCCGGUUCGGAAAAAUGGACCAAACUGUUCCUCUCCUUUUCUGUUGAAACGGUGAUGGUUUCAUUGAUUCCCCAAGUGGGAACACUGUAGCCACUUUCCCGGUUUGUGUUUCAAUAUGUUUGUCCUCUUGGUGGGGAGGGGCCCUUCCCAAAGUGUUGGUUAAGCAUGUUACAAAAAAAGAGACUCUUCACAGAAUGACUUGACUUGAACAUCUUUUCCUUAUGGGGCUUCCUAGUUGUACUGCCUUGAAUGACUAAACUGCGUCUCGAGUCAGCAGCAGAGAGGACCUCUCUGCAUCCCCUAUACUGGGUUUGAUCACUGCUGAGCCACAGGCUGUCCAUCCUAACAAGGUCAGGUCUGGGCACGGUAGGACAAAAGACUUAGAAAGUCCUUGGCCAGAGCUCAGGUCACCCACAAAGCACAUUUGGUUGAGGAAACAGUGUUCGUUCAUUAGGACAUUGGCAGGAAGGGGGGAAUGCUGAAAAAAGUCGCUUGCUUAGAGCAAGAUGGAAAGGAAGCAAGUAGUGUGGUGCAUCCAAGGAGCAGGAAGCAGUGGAAUGUGCCUGUCUCGGAGCCCAGCUCAAGGUCGUGUAGUGUAGGAGACACACCUGGUGUGUCAGUGUCUUCAAGGGAGUCGGAAGUAUGUGUGUAUUUCUUCUUCAGGAAGUGCCCUUCAGUGAAGUUCUAGGAAGUUCUGAGCCCUUUGGCCACUGAAAAGUACACGUCCACUCCAUUCUCUUUAGAUUGCAGCUUCUCUUUAAUUAGCCCAGCCAUGUGCCUUGACUAAUGUACGUAUCACGUCAUGUGGCUCCCGGUGCCUAUCCUUCUCAGUGCAUUCCAUGACUCACACUCUUUUAUUGCUCCCUUUCCCUGACCCAAAGUCCACAGCAAAAGUGUUAUCGUCUUCCCCAGCGCUAUGGAUGCCCAUCACAGGGCUAUUUGGAAAUCUUGGGGUGGGGGGGGGGUUCUACUACUGGUCCAGACUGUAAUUGUGCAUCCUUGGGUAACAACCACCAAAAGAGCUUUACUCAGAAGCAAAUGGCUUCAAAGUCCAAUUCCCUUUUGUGUCCACACUUGCACCUAACUGUGCAUGUUUCAGGAAUUGACUUUGCUCUUCUGUGUCUAAAACCACUUUAACAAUGACGCCCUUGUCUUAAGUUAGAUGCGUUCGUUGAUGGCGUUGAUCAUUGAAAAGCUUCCCCUCUUGAAAUAAAACAGCACAGAAACGUGA